CCGUGUCCCACUAAAGCGAUUUCAGCGCAUGCAGGGACUCGUCCCUACGGCGGCGGAUGGCAACAUGGCGACAGAGUUCCACAAUUUGCAGGAGUUGAGGCACAGUGCAUCUCUGGCUAAUAAAGUCUUCAUCCAGAGAGACUACAGCGAAGGGACCACCUGCAGGUUUCAGACCAAGUUCCCCUCUGAGCUGGAGAGCAGGAUUGAGCGGACACUGUUUGAGGACACCGUAAAGACGCUCAAUAACUACUACGCAGAGGCAGAAAAGAUAGGAGGCCAGUCGUACCUGGAGGGAUGUCUGGCCUGCGCUACAGCGUAUCUCAUCUUCCUCUGCAUGGAGACGCGUUAUGAGAAGGUGUUGAAGAAGAUAGCCAAGUACAUUCAGGAACAGAACGAGAAGAUCUAUGCUCCCAGAGGGCUGCUUAUCACAGAUCCCAUAGAAAGGGGAAUGCGUGUCAUAGAGAUUUCCAUCUAUGAAGACCGGGGUUCCAGUGGCUCCAGCUCAGGGAGCAGCUCUGUAUCUGGCAGCACUGCUCGGUGACUGAGUACUUCCUCACGACCAUGUCCCCCUGAUCACUCACAGCCCUGGAGGAGAACUUAGGACAAUGAUGCUUCUCCUGUUCCAACACUUAGCCCAUACAUCCUAAAGCUACGCUCACACAAAGGAUUCACAAGCUGUUAUCAAAGACAGGCAAGUCCUCCUGACGUGCCAUCGUGUGCUUAAGGUGUUUUCAAGCUUUUAAAACAUGCACUGUAGUUUGUUGCAAAGAAAUGUGCAUGCGCCAACACGGUCAUGAUACUGUAGGAUGCAAUGUGUUAGUGAAAAGAAAAAACUUUUUUUUAAUUUAUUUAUUUGCUGGUAAUACUUUGUGUGAUCGUACCAUUACCUUCCCUCCUGCUUCCUGUCCUUGUGUAAUCUGCUGGGUUAGAAAAGGAAUGAGAGAAGAAGAGGAAGGAAAGAGUGUUGAGGCAGGAGUGAAGACCAUAAACCUCACUAAACUUCAUACCUCAGCCACCACUGCUGCACCAGACCAGACCAAACUGGACUGAACUCAUCACCAACAACCCUGCACACCAGACACUGGCUUUAAAAAAAUGUUAUACGUAGCUCCGGCUGAGUUUCCAGCAAAUGUAGGUAGGAUGUAUUUGAAAGCAUCACAAAGUUUCACCCACCCACAGCCCAGAUAAACUGUACAAAGAACCUCCUGCACCUCUGAUGUGAAUCAUGCCGUCUGGUAGUGGAUGAAUGUCAUUCAGCCCGUCCAUGUAUUUUAUGUAGCAGAUCUUCCAUAUUUCUCACAUGAAGCCUAUAAUUUAUUUGUUAGAAACACAGACACACGCACAUACCUGAGUACUAACCUCUCGGUUUCAAUGAGUGAGACCAACUCUUCCUAAAUUUUUGAUUAUGCAAAGACAUACUGCACAUUAAAUGCAGUAUUAAGUAGAGAAAGGAUGGGUCAAAAAGUCUUCCUGAAUCUUAUCUGUAGGGUUUUAAAGUACACCAACCCUUCCUUGAUUUCUGAACAAACUUCCAAAGAACAAUAACUGCCAAAAACUGGCUCACAAAUGUGAAUGUGUCUUUUAUUUUGGUGACAUUUUCUGCAAAAACAAACUUUCGUACUGCUUGUUGUUUGAUACAUGUGGCAAUGAGGUAUAUAUGACUGGUGUCAAAUAAAUACUGUUUC